CGGUGAAAGCUCAAAUUAAAGCGACGCGAGUUUCGGGUGGAAAUAAAAUGCGAAUUUUGCAUAUUUUGGUUGUUGCUUUGGUGGUUUUAGUUAUAAACUAUUCACAAGGAUUAGAAAAUAUUUCUGAUGAUUCUGUGACUGUUGAAGACGACACUGAUGAAACUUUAUCUCGUAAAGGAAGACAAUUAAUUUAUUCUUCACCAAAUACUUUUGUUCGUGCGAGUUGGGCUGGUGGAGAAGGCUACACUUGUAUUACGUCAAGAGGGAUUCUUGGAUCAUGUCAAUCGUUUCGCAAAUGUUAUCCAUUCUUUAAACACCCUCCAGCUAACGCUAGAUAUCCGGUAUUGAAUGCUUGGGAUACUUGGGUGUUGGGUAAUCAAGAUACUUGUUCAUAUUACACCGAUGAUGGAAGAGAAGCUCAUGGAGUUUGCUGCACCAAUCCAAUAUUACCUUCAAUUCCAUCAGUUCAAGGUGAAGAUAAUGAACAGAAUAAAGUCGAAGUGCCGGUGAUUCAAAGUAAUCAGAAUUUCGGCAGUUGGCCGCCACCAAUUCCUACACAUCCACCAAAUCACACACCGGCAACUCAUCCACCCGGAAUCUUUGGAAUUCAAUCUGUUACAACAUCGAAACCAUCGACAACUACGAGAAGAUUCACAACAACUUGGGCGACAAAACCACCGAAUAUUUGGCAACAACCACAACAACCAAUUUUCGCUGUUCCUGGCCAAUCGACCACUAAACGACCAUCAUUAAUCGUCACAACUGAUUCAGUAUUGAAUAAUGAAGUUGAUUUUGGUGUAAGUGAAAGUUGUGGAGCCAAGAAUGGAUUUCAAGAUCAAGAACGAAUCGUUGGUGGUCAAAAUGCUGAUCCGAAUGAAUGGCCAUGGGUUGCAGUUUUAUUUAAUGGCGGCAGACAAUUUUGCGGUGGAAGUUUAAUUGACGAUAUACAUAUUUUGUCUGCAGCGCAUUGCGUCGCACAUAUGAGUUCGUGGGAUGUUGCAAGACUAACAGUUCGUCUUGGUGAUCACAACAUUAGGAUAAGCACUGAAGUAAAACAUAUCGAACGAAAAGUUAAAAGAGUUGUUCGUCAUAAAGGAUUUGAUUCUCGUACACUUUACAAUGACAUUGCAAUUCUUACACUUGAUCAAAGAGUUCCGUUUUCAAAAAGUGUCAAACCAGUUUGCCUUCCGCUAUCAGGUUCGCGACAAUUUCAUGGUUUAUCUGGUACUGUUGUUGGAUGGGGAAGUUUGAGAGAGAAUGGACCACAACCGUCAGUUUUACAAGAAGUGAAUCUUCCGAUAUGGACGAAUGCCGAAUGUAAAGCAAAAUAUGGACCGGCAGCACCUGGCGGAAUUAUUGAAUCAAUGAUUUGUGCAGGUCAAGCACGUAAAGAUAGUUGUUCUGGUGAUUCAGGAGGUCCAUUGGUUAUCAACGAUGGAAAAUGGACACAAGUUGGUGUUGUUUCCUGGGGAAUUGGUUGUGGGAAGGGACAAUAUCCUGGAGUCUACACUCGAGUGACCUCAUUUCUUCCAUGGAUUGCAAAGAACACGAAAAGAGCUUAAAAUAAGAAAUUUUCGUUAAUUUUUCUUUAGAUAAUAAGCUUUAAUAAAAUAUUAAGUGCAAAAUUAUUCUUAAUUACUGUACAAUCAUUAAAUUGAUAUCUACAAAUAUUUUAAAUAUAUUUUAAUUUGCGCAACAAUAAAAAUUCCACUUAAUUUCCAUUUAUGUUGAUUACCGAUU